CGUCCUUUUUGAGAAUCACACGCUCGGGACGUCGGAAUUCGCGUACAAUGCAAACGUUCGAAUUCGUCGUGAAGAAGUCCCCUCGAUUACAACAACGUCAACAUGGGCACGUGCGAGUGAGCAGCGGGUGAGAGCGAGCGGAGCUGAGCAGACAGCUCGGCAGAAACACAGAGUGGGUGCGCGACUCAUUGGCUGAACUCCGAUAUCCAACUUCAUAGUGCCUAAUGUUUCUCAACCCACGGAGGUUGUAUUCGCGGACGAGCUCUUUCUUCACCUUCCCGUCAUUCAGUAAAGCAGCCAAGGAGGAUCGAGGCGAUGUUGCCUACCAGACAAUAUUCGCGAUCCAGCCACUCAGUGCCGGGACAUUCGCCAUUCUACCUCUAGCGAACAAAGUCUUAGAACGACUCACCAAAAUAAUCGAUCAUGAAUUCCAGGCGAUCGAUGGGCAGAAAAUCGUUCUGCCGUCCCUUAGCCAUUCACAACUUUGGCGAAAAAGCGGCCGAUGGGACCGUUACGGACCAGUUCUAUUUCGAGUCACAGACAGGGCGGGACAGGAGUUCUGCCUCGGUCCAACGCAUGAGGAAACCGUAACGCAAUGUAUUGCCGCCCUGGAAAUAUCAUCCGUCGGAACCAAACUCCCUAUACGACUCUAUCAGACGUCUUGGAAAUUCCGGGAUGAGGACAGACCGAAACGAGGUCUCCUGCGGGCACGAGAAUUUCUAAUGGCAGACAUGUAUUCCUUCGACUCCGACCUGGAAAAAUGUCAGGAAACCUACGACACAGUCACCGGGGCAUACGACAGAAUCUUCAAUCGAAUUGGUUUGCCCUUCGUGAGAGUGUUGGCGAGCUCCGGGGACAUGGGCGGAUCGGUGUCUCACGAGUAUCACUACUGCUCGCCGCACGGUGAGGAUGUCGUCUAUGCCUGUGGGACUUGUGAGCACAAAAUCAAUGGGGAGGCUCUGAAAGAUGCCAAUGAUACCCGAUGCCCUAGCUGUUCAUCAGAGAUGCAGAAGCUUCAGGGCAUUGAAGUCGGUCAUACCUUCAUUUUGGGCGACACCUACUCGAAGCUUUUCGGCGCGAAAUCUUUCCAGAACGGCCAAAAUCUUCCACUGCAAAUGGGAUGUUAUGGCAUUGGCGUGACCCGCAUAAUGUCUGCCGCAGCGCAUAUCCUAUCUCAGGGGCUUAAACUUAAAUUGCCCGACGCCAUAGCUCCUUUCACCGUCGGAGUGAUCGGGCCGAAACAAGGCUCCAGAGAGUACGAGGAUCUGAAUCCCCGAGCCAUGGAGAUGGCUGACCAACUCGAUAGGAUCUUGCCGAGUCAUCGCGUCAUCUUCGACGACAGGAAAUGGUCGAUCGGCAGGAAGCUCCUGGAACUGAAAUCGAGCGGCAUCCCUCAUCAGGUAGUUCUUGGCAAAAAUGGACUCGAACUCCACUCGCCAGACACCGAGUUCACGAAUGUGGACGGACCUGAAGUGAUUCACAACUUUUUCAAAGAACUAGUCGUCAAGCGUGAACUCUUGUGAAUGAAUCGCCGGACUAGAAUAAAUCCCUUAUACCGAAUAAGA